GCCCCGAGCCUGUCCCCACAUGGAAGCCCUACGGAGGGCAGCAACCAUGUGGCUGCUGAGAGCUUUCGUCCUGGCAGCUGCUUUCUCUUGUGGCCCUGCACGAGCCUUGCAGCAAAGCCCGGUAUCCAUCACCAAGCCAGAAAGCAAAACGGUGCUCAUCACCUGCCACGUCUCCGUCCCCAACUUUGACAAAGCUUUCAUUCACUGGUACCGCAAGAAGCCUGGGGCAGCUCCCGAGCGCAUUGCCUACAUGGCAUCCAGGCUCUUCCUUGGGAACGAGGCCGAUGGGGGGAAAUUCAGCAUCGAGAAGGACCUGGACAAAUCUGUCUGCACCCUGACGGUGAGCAAAGUCACCCUGCAAGACGCUGCUACCUACUACUGCGCCAGGUGGGAUGCACAGCAGCAGAGAGCCAUAAGCAGCCUGCACAAAGACAUGCUUCGCUUCCUGGACCAGACCCUGAAAGUCCCAAAAACCUCAAGGAACGUGCCCACCCUGCCUCCCCAUCAGCCCCGAACCCAUCAAGCACACUUCGCAGGCAGCCAGGCACCAAAGGCGCUUCGGGGCUGUCGUAGGCAGUGCAGAUGCUCGCUGUGGCUGGUACCAGCAGAGAAGUCAUUUCACUUCAGCAACAAAAAGGGGAUUUCCCCAGGUAUGGCAGGAGAAAGAGAGAACAGGAAGAAGAAAAACUUGGCUGCACAUUUAGCACUGAGAUAUGAGUCGCACCUCACAGAAGAGGGAAAGCUCAGAUUCCUGUCACAACCGUACGAGAGCAGAGUGCCCCUAUCGAGCUGGAAAACAUUUUUUGGACGGGUGGAGGGAGGCGGGGAGAAGAGAGAAAAGGAAGAAUUAAAACCUGGCUGCCCUAAAUAAAAUAAC